CAUUCUGAGACAAACCCACUAUACAGUGCGGUGAAACAUUAGCAUGGAGCUUGGAAAAUGUCUCGACUGUUAUAAAGAUUUGACAGAACUGACAUGUGGCAGUGUACAGAUAAAGGAUACAAAUGGACAAUAUGGACCACCAGUACACGGGGAAAGAGGAACGAUUAGAAUAUCAAGCUUUGGUCAACGAUGUGGAGUUAAUGCAUGCAAAGAAGAGUCAAUAUUCGAAAUACCACAGUGUUAUCAUACAUUCUGUGGCCAUUGCCUCCAAAAGAGAGAAGCUAUUGUGAAUUUUGUGAAGCACAAACCUGAACAAGUUUUUGCUUGUCCACAAUGUGUACAUAAAGGAUUUGCGUAUAAAGAAGACACUAAUUGGAUAACCAAAUUUGAUGUGUACAACUCUCUUCGGGAAAAGAAAAUAUGUAUCGUGUGUUUCCAAAUAAUGACAUUUGACGUGGUUCCUUACCAUAAUGAGAUUUGCUUCAGUUGCAUGAGAAAAAUGUUAGAUGACCCAACUCUUGCUGAAUACGUUUGUUUGAUGAAGGAUUGUGAUGCUAAAUAUGACCUCAAGGACAUACGUGAAAUGUACGAACAGACAACCUUACAAAUGAGAGGAAAAUUCUUCGCAUUACCCCAUGGAAACUGCUCCAAUAGAAGCUGCCAAAAUCUAGCAGUCCUGAAGCUAAGGAUAUGCAACCACAACUUAUGUGAGGAUUGCAUUGACAAAAGUCUGUCUGGUGAUAAAUUCGGGGAAAAUGAAUUCAUGAUGACGUGUCCAAUACAAAGUUGUGCUAGGCCUGUUCCGAUAGAUUGUUUGAAGCAAGAGCUGAGUAAUCUUACAUCGACUCUGCAGCUGGCAACACUCUAUAUAGAACCUGUAACAAGAUACAUCUGCGAAAAAUGUAGACAACAUUCACACAAUAUGAAUUUGGAAUUUCAAAUAUGCCACCACACCCUAUGCAUUUCCUGCUAUGAGAAAUUCAUGCUACAAAAUGACUCAGGUAGACGAGUAACGACAUAUCUUGGUCUUUCAAUGGAAAUGACGACAUGCUGUAUUGCGUCCUGUGAUAAGGAAAUUCCAACCGUUUGUCUAAAAGCAAUGGACAUGGCAAUACGAGGAGAGAAAAUUGCUGUUACAAUGUAUUUUCAAUCACCCAAAAGGAAUGGAAAAGAAAAGUGUUUUGUAUGUGGAUCUAAAACGGUGUUGACAGAGAUAGUCUCUUGUAACCAUCAGCUGUGUAAAGACUGCACAAUGAAGAUGCUUUCUGAAUCAAACAAAUGUUGGGGAUCAGUUGCCUGUAGAUGUUGGGAUAGCAGACCUGUGCUUGUUCGAUGUAUAAAAACACUGUCUGGUGUAGCCAUUGAAGAAAUGUUUACGAACGAUGUUAACUACUUUGAAGAAUUAGCAAAGGCGGUCACUAGCAGAACAGACCAACCAACAGGAUCAUCGGACACCAGCGAACAUUGUUUGAACGUAAAGGGAUCUAACACAAAGAUUGUUACGAAGGAUCGAAACACAAACUUUCUGUGCCCAUCAUAUGGAAAGCGGAUAUCGUGCAGUCACUGUUCUUGUAUGGCAGUCAUAGAAUUUUCUUCAUGUUCCCAUGGUUUGUGUUUGAAAUGCCUCAAAUACUUGACAUCAAGGCAAAAAUCAAAGGAGAAAAAACUACAAUGUACGUAUUGUGGACCAUGUGGAUAUAUUGGAAAUGCAAAACGAUUCAUUCUAAAAUGUGAAACGGAAGGAUUAUUGAUUCCCUCAUACCUGAAACCUGUAGGUGGAUCCACAAAAUGUAUCAAAUGCAAAAGGGAUCAGGCUAUCUUUGAAGAAGUAGAAUGUGGACACGGUUUUUGUGAAUUGUGCCUACACACUAGUUUGCAAUAUACAACCAUGUUGAAAUGUCCGCUGCUGCAAUGCGAUAGCGUUGAUACUUCCCAAGGAAAGGAAACCUCGAAUCUUAAACAACAAUGUGAAACCUGCUGCAAAAUAAAGGCAAGAUCAUAA